AUGGUGUUCUCUCUGAAUUUCUGGUUUGCUCCCUCUCUCUCUCUCCAAUUUCAUCUCUCACCCUCUAACUUUAUCUCUCUGUCUCUCUCUCUCUCUCUCUCUCAAACUCUCUCUCUCUCAAACUCUCUCUCUCUCUCUCUCUCUCUCUCUCUCAAACUCUCUCAAACUCUCUCAAACUCUCUCUCUCUCUCUCUCUCUCAAACUCUCUCAAACUCUCUCAAACUCUCUCAAACUCUCUCAAACUCUCUCUCUCUCAAACUCUCUCUCUCUCUCUCUCUCUCUCUUGUGACUGAUGAAUUUCUCAAGAUUCUUACAGUCGCUGUCUCAGGCCUUCUCAAAGCCUGUGCCGAUGUCGACUCGGACGUGCGCAUGCAUGCCGACGAACACCUCAAUCGUCUUAUUCAGGCGCUCAUGGACCGCCACCUGAGCCGCUUGCAGAAUGAGCUCUUCAAGGCCGUCAAGAUGGAAUCAGCCCCCACUCGCAUGGUGCGCGCCGCCCUCAUCAAGUUUGCUGACCUGGUUCACCUCCUCAAACCACUGCGCCGCUUCAAGUACGUCAAGGUCAUGGUACCUCGCCUGCGCGUCCUGCUGGCCAGCAACGAUGAAACCCUGCAGGAAACCUUGGCCACGUGCAUGGAAAAGAUCUGCGACGCCACAGGGCUCUACUUUGCGGAUGAUCAAGUUCAGGACCUUCUUACUCAACUAUUGGAAAACCUCAACAGCGAAAGCGCCACCGUGCGCCGGUCGAGCACAACAUCAGCCAUUGCCGUCUGCUCCGGCAGCAGUCGGCCCCUUUACUACCUCAAGCUCUUUCUGAACAGCCUCUUUGCCCUCACUCCAACCACGCACAACAACGAGCUCUCCCACGCCAAGGAGCAGGAACACACCAUUUUGGGAGCCUUGCUUGCCUUUCGAAAGCUCAUGACCGAGUUUAGCAUCAAAGCACAGGAAGCUGUGACUCCUGACCAGCUCCUAGACAGUCACACCAAUGAGCGACUCUUCCAUUUUCUUUUGGCUUGCUUGCAGCAUGAAAGUCACAACGUGCUGACGGGCGCUCUCGAGGCCUUGAUUCAGCAACUGGACUCUAUUCGUGGCAAACUUGUACAUUGGAUGCGCCAGCCGGAACGCUUGCAUGAGUGUGCCAAUGUUCUCUCCCGCUUCAUUUUGGAUCCCAAGCGUCGCGACCGCGUUAGGGACCAGCUAGUUCGAGGCAACGUCUACUCCCUCUUUGGAUCUCUCAUUAAGCAUUCGUUGGUGCAUACGCACCUGGUCUUUUCUGAUGUACCCUUGCCCAGCAAGGAUCUCAUGGAGAUUGGGGUGUUUGGCGUCAAACCCAUUUCCGUGUUGGAGCUGUGUCGUCUUCUAGUCGAAGCACUCAACGACUCCAUUGCCACUGCGGCUCGAAGUGCCGUGGCGGCGCUUCGUUAUUGCCUUCCACAAGUACUGAAGAGCACACACGGCGGAGUGGCUGUGGAGAUUCAUCAUUGUAUACUGGCCCUUCGCCACUCUUCGUACUGGUUGCUGAAAACCGAGUUGGUAGACUUGAUUGGCGAGACCGAGUAUCUGCUCGUUCAUUUCCUGGAGUCCUCAAGUGUCGACCUCGGUGACUCGGCCUUGCUUCCUACCACGCCCGUUUCCAUGCCACAGCGUCACCGCAAUCUUACUGGUCAAACCCUGCAGGACGCGUCCUUGGAAACCAUUCUGCUCCUUCUAGGGGAUGCGGACGCUCGUGUUCGUGAAGCAUCUGCCGCUUGCCUGCUCAAGCUGGUGUCACGCUUGUUCUAUGUGGAAGACUGGCCUGGCCAAGAUGCCUUUACCGCUCUCGUGGAGCGGGAUGUGGCCUUUCUCACCGGCAUUGCCAGCAAGGCGUCUUGGACUGCCACGGGCCGGGAUCAGGAGCGGCCUGAACUCCAUGCCCAUGUACCACGAGCAAAUUUGUCACGCCUUGUGGCCAUGCUAGUCGCUCGCCUCUACUCUUCGCAAAGCAAGACGGUCAUUGUGGGCAUGUAUCAUGGUUUGAACGUGCUGACGGCUCGCAACAACGUCCCAGACAUUGUGCAACGACCUGCACGUGGACAUCCGCCCGCUGUUCAGCCCGAAGAUGUCCUUCCUCUUGCACUUGCCCAUAUCAAGCUGAGCUGGAUUGCCUCAGACCUGGGUGCCCAUGCCGACGUUUUAAACCUCGUUGGCAAUUUGUUACGGAGUGCCAACAAAUCCUACGCUGCGCCCUUUGUGCUCCCGCUCCUCGUACAUGUGCUCCGCAUGAUCAACAUGUGUGUGCAUAUCUUUGAUAAGAAAGUUCCCACCUUGAACAAGACCACGAAACAAGAGAGGAGAUCCACCACUUCCUCGCCACGCAGCGAUGCCGGCACCACAGCCCCCUCUGCAAUGGAUUUGGCAGACGAUCUCUCGCCCUUGCCGGGCAAGCCGUUGGGAUACUUCACACACUUGCCAUAUUACAUUGAGCUCUAUCAAUUGUUGCACUCCGCUUACGUCUCCAACAAGAUUACGCUUUCCUCCCAGUCGGUAUCCAAAUUCGGCCACAUGGUGCGCACUUGCUUAGAAGUCUUGACGAUACUCGUCGAGGUGGAAGGCUCGUCCUUCCACCAAUAUGCCGCCGAAGUUCUUCAAUACUUGCAGAGCGUGGUGGCUCCUGAGCCUCGAGCUGUGCUUCUGUGCGUGCAUCAGUUGAUUCAGGCCUUGUUUGAGCCACCAAGAAUCAUGAUUCAGACUGAAGGCGGCUUGGAGGGCAGCCUGCGGGUGGACAGUGCCACUCUGCUGUUGGGCUACUAUGAACGCUGCAUUGAUGACUCGCCAGUCACAACGCGCCGACGGGCCACGGGAGCCAAAGCCGACAAAGAAGCCAUGUUCUCCUUUGUGCGCAUGUUUGAGCCUCUGGUGAUGCGCGCCAUGAAUCUUUUUACAACCACAGCGUCGGUCACGUUGCAGCAACAAAUCAUCUUCCUAAUUUGUCGACUGAUGCAAAUGCGCGUCAACUACCGAGUCCUUGAUAAGAACCUGAUUUUCAAAACGGCCGUGGACAGCCACUAUGACUCAAUUGUGGAGGGACGUGUGCGCAAGCCCCAGAACCUCCUGUCUUACAUGUUUCAGUUCCUGGCUCUUCUGGCCAUGCAUCAGCUUAGGUUUGCGCUUUUUCCCACACUUGCCUACGCCGCGCAGGACUACCCGGAAAUCGUGACAAUGGAGAGUCUCAUUGAAAAGGCUAACCGUCUCUUGACUUCGCACCACCUCACACCACGCCAAGCCAUCCCUGCGUUUCGGCCGCUGGUGCACGAGCUAUUUGUUGUCCAGGGCCACGUCAAAUAUCCCUCUGCUCAACUACAGGCCCAGCAAUCACUUUUGCUUGACUCGCUAUUGCAAAUGGUCUCCUUCUCAGCCGUGCAGGAGCAGCUCGUGGCCUUGCUCAAAUCCAUUUCCAGCGAUCAAGAUCGCUAUCGAUCACUCUCCCGCAAAGUGGUGGAUGCAUUGCGCAGUGCGAUCAAUUCACAGCAGGUGGAAGUCCGCUCGCCGCGCUCCCUGAGCAUCCUUCACACGCUUCUGCAAAGCGUAGCUGAAGUGGCCCUGUCGCCCAUCGAGCUGAUUUUACUGGACGCCACCGACGUAGCCGCUGCGCACGUCAUGAAGGACCUUUCCGUUCAUGAUGAUGAGGAUGCAUGCCGCUAUUGGUUGCCACAGUUCAUUGCGUUGCAAGCCGUCGUGGCGCGUAAUGACGGCCACGCCGUCCAGAGCGGUUUGGAGCGUAUGCUCGUCAAGCAACGCCUGGCCACGCCUGACGCCGGGAAUGUCUCAGAGCGAGCCGCCUCUACCUGGAUGGACCUCUUAUUCCGCGCCAUGUUGAAGUGCUCUCACGAGCUGGCCCACGGUGAUGCUGUCUCACGCACGUACACCACGCAACAAAUGGCUCAACUCCUCAAGCACGCGACGGCAUUUCUGGAACGUCUGGAACGUGACUCGUGGCUUCUUGCUGCGGCACGCUCGGCCGCGCGCGACGCAGCUGCGACCAUCACGGCCAAUCUGCAACUGAUCGUUUUUAGUGACCCCCUCCUCAUCAUGCUCUGGAGUCGUCUCUUAAGUCGGGUUGAGGCAACCAGCGAUGAAAGUGUGCAAGUGUUUGCACAUGAUGAUCCAAAGGAGGUCUUGUCGGUUAUUCGGGGUGCCUCGCCUGAUUGGGCGCGCCUACUCUUGCACCUCGUGCGAGAGCGACCCUUGCGAUCACUGCUCACGACCAUGUGUGAGCAUUCACCGCCCUUGGCCAUGGCGGCCUGCGAGCUAUUGGGCGAGGCCAUUGCUGAGGGUGCCAACUGGCCUGUGGCACCCGCCGAGCAAAUGAGUGUGAUGCAGACCAUUGACCACUACCUAGCCUCUGUCAGCAACGAGGUUGCUUUGCAGAAGCUACUUCGUAUUCCGCUUUUGGCCAUUCAGGACGACAACGAGGAGAUGUUUGCCGUCUAUCUUCGCGAGCUGGGCCAGCACAAGUGUGCAUCCAGUUUACCAAUUCGUACUUUGAUUGAGGCCUAUGCACCGCCUAUCUCCGGCGAUCCUGCACCCGACCCCAAGGCAGUCAUUCGCCAAGCGUUGUUGGAUGUACCUCAAGGAGCAGUGGAGACGCACGCCACGAGCAUCGCCCGAGCCAUUCUGGAGCUGCCUGUUGAUCAGCUUAGGGAGGUGACAACGGCGUCUUGGAUGCCGACCUCCAUGUUCCGUCCGCUGCUUCUCGUGACGGUGCAAACGGCAGAGCGCAUGGCCGUAAUCAAACCGUUCAAGGACUCUAUUGAUGCCGACAACAGCUCUGAUCAAGAGUACAUGGAGGCCGUGGCGUCGCGGGCUGGACUGAGCGAUGAGGCUGCGUCAUCCCAGAUUACUGAUGCCGUCAGCAAGCUGCGUGUUGUCAUUUCAUCCUGCUUACACACGAUUGAGCACUGCCAGACUGAGCCAUGUGUGGUACAUCUGGCCGUCACGCUGAUGCAACUGCAUCGCGUCUCUCGUACUUGCUCCAAUCCUCUCUGGCAUUACAGUGGGCUACAGGACUGCAUUCAGUUGGAUGUGGCCACUCUACAGGCCCUACUGCAGUAUUGGCUCGACGAGUCGGAACGCUGCUUGCGCCUCUUGCGCGCGCAGGCACGCCUCACCACCGAGCACCUCAGUGCUACGUUAACGGGUAUCGCCGAGCUGCUAGCCAUCCUGAGCCCAGAGCAACUCGUUGGCGAGCAGAUAACGACAGAGGGGGCAAGAGAUGGCCACGAUGCUGCCUCGCCUGAUGGUUUCAUGGUUGCGGAGCGCAUUGCUCCCAUGAUCGAACUCAUGCACGAGCUACGACGCACCGCGAGAUUUGGCUGCUUUCUACCCGACCCUUUGACGCCCCAGAAAAGUUAUGAGGAGCAGCUAACGCUGGCCUUGGCCGAGCAGACCGAGCCACCAAUGCAGCCUCCAUUGGGUGCUGAUUUGGUUCAGCGCAUCGUGUUGGCUGUUCGCCACGGCUUUGGAGAGGCUUUGCAACUUGAGGGUGGUUGUAGCGAUUUGCGUGCGACCCCUCGCCUGCCCGCGCACUUGCGGGUGGCCUUGAACAAUGCCGUGGCGGGACUGGCCCAUGCCGUGCAAAUGCAGCUCCACCAGGUGGGUUUGUGCUGCAAUCCAGAGACGGCAAAGCCAUCCCGCCACCACGGGGAGUUUUUGGCCGAGCUGCAGGGAUCGCAGGGCUUGGAGAUGCGGCGCCAGCUUUUAGAGGACGAUUUGCAUCCCGAACCCGGCGAGCGCUGCCGAGGCGUGUGUAGCAGCCUGGGAGGCAUGCUGGCGCUUCUGGAACAACUUUUGCAGCAGCAAAUGGUCAAUUUUCACCUCCAAUGUAGCUCGGCGCAUGUGGCACCGGUCAUCACAGACUCGCAUUGCCCGUUCCUCAACUACAAGCGACCCAACUUUAUGCAAAGCCAGGCUGGCGUACGAUUACUAUUGGCCUUGAGCAGUUUUGGGCGUUCUCGUUCCUCGCUACUCUUGCAGCUAGCCCACAACGCCUCAAUCUUCCGCCGUCACUCGAUGUUGUUACCUCUGCAAUCACAAUAUCACAAUACCCACGGUCUGGAGCUGUCUACACCGGCUCGCCAGUGCCUAAAUGACUAUCUUGAGCUCAUCCAAAGCAUCAUCAAGAAACAAGCCUCUGGAGACAACGACCACCACCUCCUGGCUCAGCAGGUGGCUGAUCGGACUUUACUGCAAACGAUCCACUCGUGUCUGCUCACCUUGUUACACGAGGCCGAUGAGGAGGAUUACCUGCUGCUGCGGCAUCUCAUACCCGCGGUGGCCACGGCGCAGCAAGCCUUGGUGGCUGUGGACGCACAGGUGGGACUAGACGAAGUAUUUUUUGCAGCUCUUCUCAGGGGUCUACGCCACGCCUGGCCUUCGAUGCAAACUGCUGCGCUCAAUGCCGUGCGGGUGGCCAUGCCUUCGCUCAAUGUCGUGAAUCACGAGGUUUUGUUGGUGGAGGUGCAGACGUAUUGUGUCACGUCUCUGACGUCAGCCCUGAGUAUUUCAUCGUCUGCCAACGACGAGCACAUUCCUCCCCAAUCGGCAGUACUGAGGGCAGUGUUAUUGCUGGUCGCAGAGAUGGUCGUCCAGUUUCGUGAUGCUUGCGUGGAGACGGGUUUUGUCGGGCGGGUGGUGUCCGUACUGGCGUCCCUGGUCGAGUUUGCGUCGCGGGAGCUCGAAGCAUCUGUACUGGAGGCCCUGUAUGCGUGCCUGGAGCACAUGCUACUCAACUUUGUCCUAAGUGUGGGCGAGUGCGAGUGUGUGAGGCAGAGCAUCGUGCGGGCCAACCUGCGCCCGGACGUGGACACGGCCUUGGGCGGGCAUGUGUGGACGUUUCUCUUGGCAGCCCUGUAUACGGCGGGUCACUUUAAGCUGGGGUCUGAGCAGAUGCAAUCGCCUGCCGGGCCCCAGGACACGAGCUCGACGAUGAGUCAUGUGCCGAUGGAGUGGGUGGACUACCUGACAUCCCUGCCAGCCGCCCAGCGGCAGAGCGCGUCGGUGGCGGUGGCGGUGGUGGACAUGCUGCGCUACUGCUAUCCCGCGCGAGACGUCCUGAAAGAUUUGAUGGGCCGAUGGUCGCGGGGCUUGAGUGGGAUGGUGAUGAGCUCGUCUCGGCUGGAUGUGGUUACGUACAUGCAGAGGCUGGGCACGCAAACACACUUUGCCCUGGCAGUCUUUGGAAACCUGAUGACGACACAUGGCGAAGCCGUGUGUGACUGGGUGGCACAAUCGUUGAGCAACUAUGUACACUCGCCGUUUGUCAAGCAAGUCAUGGCAGCUCUACUGUUGGCGGCUGUGCCCAACCCAGUCUUCCGGGCCCUGGCACCGCGGCCUGAGCUUCGUCUGGAAACUGCAGAUCUAGCGUUGCAGGUGCUAACGACCGUGUGCAAGGAGGUUAUGCCGGAGAUUCAGCUGACCCUAGCCUUGCGUCUGGAGGCGGCUGGUGCCGAAGCGGGUGAUGCGGAUGACACAACCAAUCUGGUUGUGGACCUGAGCGGGCCCCCUUCUCCGGACCUGGCUACAGAUUCGCAUGCGACAAGUUCAAACACCUCUCUCUCUCUCUCUCUCUCUCUCUCUCUCUCUCUCUCUCAUCAACUCUCUCUACACCUUUUAGUUUUGUCACACACCUGCAAGGCCGUCUCUUGGGACGACGCACAACGCGGUACUGUGGGCGGUGAGCUUUCCAGCAUCGGCGGCAACAUCACUGAUACCCGCUUGUGGGCCAAGGACGGCCGGCCUUUGUACACGCUACGUUCCGACAACUGGAAUGAAAAGCUGGGCGUCGUCUCGUCCGACAAAGUGGCCCUGCUUGUGGGCAGUCACCUUGAAGAUGCCUCAACCCUCAGCCCCAUCACACUGCGCACCUUUUUGCGGCGGGCGGGUGAGUAUGGUGGCUACGCUGGCGUCCCGGCCGGCACCGACCUAGAUGCUCAGCUCGUGGAUGACAAGGUCUCGAUUCGCUUCCAAACCGUGUUUCUGCCCGUGCAAGACGAUGCACGCCAGCGCGGCGCUCUGGAGUUUUGCACCGAAGCCUACAACUACAACACCCACGAUGACAGUGACCCUCGCAACUUGCUCCUCCUUUGCACAACCCAAGGCACGGCUGUGCAGCAGGAUGGACGCGGCGCCAAGAAGCUCUAUCACCAUGCCUGCCACGAUGGUCAGAUUCACCGCUACUGGCUUGAGGCUGAACGCUCUUCCCACGCAGUGGGCGGUGCACAGGAAGAGACCGAGGCCGAACGGGCAGACGCCCUCGCGCGUGGCAAGGCCACGGCCAGCGUGAUCGGUAUCCCCGCCAUGGGCACCCGCUUCAACGUCCUCAUGACGGUCCAAGUUCCCCUGGUGCAAAAGCCCCGUAGCCGUAGCCGCCACGACUAUACUAUGGCUCUGCAAGACGGCGCUGCCUUCCCCGCAAUCGCGUGCAGCGCCUUUCCCAUGCCCGGAGGAGGAGCACCUCCCUGCCCCUCAAUUUCAAGCUCCAGCUGUGUCGCCCACCGUGGACGCCUGCGAAGCAAAGCCGCCUGCAGGGAGCUGCUCUCAGGCACCGCCAACGCGGCUCGCGUGUCUCGCGGUUCUCAAGUAGAUACCUGGAGUGGCCUCUCCGUCAAGAGCCCCAAGCGUCAGCCUGCCCCCUGCACCGUGACCGUCGUCGUGUACUACACAGUGGCAGGCGGUGUGCCCUCGCCCGCUGAUGUCAAGGCCGCCGUUGACGAUCUCGAGGCCCUCUACGCCAGCUGCGGUGCCACCGGGCGCCUCAACGACGCCGAGUUUGAUUUCAUGAAGCACGAACUCACGACUCACGAGCACCAUGGCGUGUGGCAAAAGGUUCAGGACGAGCCCUACAAGCCCGUCCCCGUCCCCGUGGCCAACUACAAUGUCUUCCCCCAAAGCAGCUAG